AGUGUCGCGCCGUCUCUCGGCUCUUCACCACCUCAAUCGCCGCUGCUGCCGUCGCUGCUGCCGACAUGGUUGAAGCCGACCGUCCAGGGAAGCUCUUCAUCGGCGGUCUCAACCUCGAGACCGACGAGAAGGGCCUCGAAACCGCUUUCGGCAAGUAUGGCCGCAUCAUCGAGGUGCUCCUGAUGAAGGACCGGGAAACCUCCAAGUCCAGAGGCUUCGCCUUCGUCACCUUCGAGAACCCCGCGGACGCCAAGGCCGCAGCCCGAGACAUGAACGGCAAGUCCCUGGAUGGUAAGGCCAUCAAAGUGGCCCAAGCCACCAAGCCGGUGUUCGAGAGCGGCCGGCGCGGGCCCCCUCCUCCCCGAAGCCGCGGCCGCCCGAGGGGCCUGCGCGGGACCCGUGGCGGCGGCCCGAGGCGCCCUCCCUCCCGGGGCGGGUCGGCCGACGAAGGCGGCUACACGGGGGAUUUCGACCUGCGGCCUUCGCGGGCCCCCAUGCCACUGAAGCGCGGGCCGCCGCCGCGCCGGGCCGGGCCUCCGCCCAAAAGAGCAGCGCCGUCGGGCCCCGCGCGCAGCGGCGCGGGAAUUCGCGGGCGGGCGGCGGGCUCCCGGGGACGAGACGGCUACGGGGGCCCGCCGCGCCGGGAGCUGCCACCGCCGCGCCGCGACCCGUACCUGGGCCCGCGCGACGAGGGCUACUCGCCCCGGGAGAGCUAUUCGAGCCGCGACUACCCGAGCGCCCGGGACCCGCGCGACUUCGCGCCCUCGCCCCGCGACUACACCUACCGCGACUAUGGCCACUCGAGCGCGCGAGACGAAUGCCCUUCCCGGGGCUACUGUGAGCGCGACGGCUACGGCGGCCGCGAGCGCGACUACGAGCAUCCUAGCGGAGGCUCCUACCGCGACCCCUUCGACAGCUACGGGGACCCGCGUGGCGCCGGUCCUGCCCGAGGGCCACCGCCAUCUUACGGCGGGGGCCGCUAUGACGAGUACCGAGGCUGCUCGCCCGACGGCUAUGGCGGCCGCGACAGCUACCGCAGCGAGCGCUACUCGAGUGGCCGUGAGCGCGUGGGUAGGCCGGAGCGCGGGCUGCCGCCGUCUGUAGAACGAAACUGCCCGGCGCCGCGGGAUUCCUACAGCCGCUCGGGCCGCCGGGCGCCCCCGAGGGGCGGAGGCCGCGUGGGAAGCCGCCUGGAGCGAGGGGGAGGCCGGAGCAGGUACUGAGCCCGCUGGCCUCAGGACUGGCAUCGGAAGUCUAGAAAAAGAAGAAUCAGUUUCCUGGUAACUCAUCCAAGGACUAGUCCUAAGAAGAGUUGUUUUUCUUAUUUUUACCGUUUUAAGAUUUUUUUCCCCCCUUGUUAACUUCCUCUGCAAUUUUAUGCAUUUGAGAGGCAAAAAAAAAGUUAAAACUCGUUUAAUUUCAUUUUGGAAUUGUUAAACGUUUCAACAAGCUCGUGUUAAAAGUAUGACUUG